AUGCCCCCAUCUCCGCCACGUCACCGAUCCGCACCACCAGCCUCCCACCGCAUCCCACCUUCCGAUCGCAAUCCAACGGCCCAACUCCAGCAUCCCACGGAUCGACCCAGCAGAGAGCAGAGACCUCCCGCCUCCAACUCCCGAAAAUUUCGGGGCUUCCCUCGCAACCCCAGCCCAUAUAAAGCCGUCACCUCCGAUUCCCCAAUCCAUCCCAAGCUUCAACAUCCACACGAGUCCUUCUUCUCUCAAACAAAAACAAAUCCAGCGACGAUGUCUGGGCGCGGCAAGGGCGGCAAGGGGCUGGGAAAGGGCGGCGCCAAGCGCCACCGGAAGGUCCUCCGCGACAACAUCCAGGGCAUCACCAAGCCGGCGAUCCGGAGGCUGGCCAGGAGGGGCGGCGUGAAGCGCAUCUCCGGCCUCAUCUACGAGGAGACCCGCGGCGUCCUCAAGAUCUUCCUCGAGAACGUCAUACGCGACGCCGUCACCUACACGGAGCACGCCCGCCGCAAGACCGUCACCGCCAUGGACGUCGUCUAUGCCCUCAAGCGCCAGGGCCGCACCCUCUACGGCUUCGGAGGCUAGAUUCGUCUAGUGGUGCCAGUAGUGGGGCAACUUCCUCGUUUGCUCUGUGUCAUGUGUUGUGUGGUAGAUGGGAUUUACUGCUUUGGCGUGCGUCGUUGUGCUCUGUCUUGGGUUCAGUAGGCUGUGUAAUACCCAAAGUAUGUUGUGUUCAAUGAAAUCAGUUCAAUUCUAAAUCAUGACGAAAUGCUUCACUGUUGAA